AUGAAAGAUAUCAGGGAGUUUUCUAGAGGGACAAAUGAGCCGGUGAGCUUCCAAGCUCAUGAUCCAGCUCAAAUCCAAACUCAUUCUCCCGCAGUAGCAGCAACAUCUGAUCUUCGCCCAUCAUCCGACAUCUACGAAGUCAUGAAAGAUAUAAAGGAGCUCACCAGGGGGACGUAUGAGCUGAUGAAAGAGAUGCGGGAUCUCGCGCGCAAAUCGAGAAACUUGUGCCUGGAAACGAGAGAUCUUGCACGGUUUCAAACCCAGAUCACAGCAGGGCAGUUGUCUCUCGCGAUGUCAGACAAAGUUGAAGAGCGUACUGGAAAAACACAGCACACGACUGAAGAAUUGGAGAGUUAUAUCGAUGCAUUAAGAGAAGAGAUACGUAGAAGAUCUGGUGCAUGA